CUCUGCAGUGUGUUUUUGCAGUAUAUCCAGCACCCGGAGGUGGCUGAAAUAACCACUGUCCUCAGAAGACUGAUUUUUAAGAACAAAGAGGACUCUACCCACUGGAGCCCAAGCAGACUCCCAUCCACCAUGGCUGCCAUCCGGCUUCGAGAAUUUAUUGACCGCCGCCCAGUGAUCCUAUCUAGUGUAUUCAUCGCUCAUCAAGGAAAGGACAUCCAAGGAUAUUACCCCGGGCAGCUGGCAAGAGUCCACUUUGAUUCUAGUGCGAAGAGACCUCCCAGACCUCUCAUAGACUUGACAAUUCCACCCAAGAGAAAAAGCCAGUAUCAGCCUCAAUUAGACCAACAAACUCUCAUUCGAUACAUUUGUUUUCGAAGACAUUCAAGGCCCGCUGAACCAUGGUAUAAAGAAACCACCUACCAAAGGGACUAUUCUCUGCCAUUUUACAAGAUUGCAGAAGAGAAAACCGAGCAUUACAGACUUUAAGAAACUCACUCCAUCCAGCAGCUGGUGGGUCGUCGAUCCGGGCCCUCCAGAGAAUGAAUGGAGGGAGGCUUCACAGGAAAUGAGAAGAAGAUUCAGGUGGUGCAGCAUUUGGAGUGAGGAAGGACACCAUCAAGAGAGAACUCACGAGAACUCACGAGGCAUUAAAGCUCGUUGCACAGCCACCCGCUCCGACCGCAGGAUUGUUGGUGUCUCUG